ACUUGACACUUGUUCUUGGCGGUAGCCAUAUUGAUUUGUUCCUCCUGUUGUAUGUGAUCUAUCCAGUCAGGAUAGAAUAACGUUCAUUUGUUGUGACUGAUUUGAUUGAUUGAACAAUCAUUGGUUGAAUAGCCGGGUAAUAAUAUUUGUUUAGAACCGCUAUUUACCCGAUUACUUGUUUUGAUUUCGACGGGAAAGGGCGCGUGUCUGAGGUCCUCGGUCGGUUAUUCUUCAACAUCCAAACUGUAGUUUGGAUCCUAUAGUUCUAAACAACUAUUACUUUGCCGAAAUCCUUUGGUAAUCGUUCGCGGAUUUUCUGGAAAUAAUUGGUCGUUUCGCUUAUAAUGCCAUUUAAUCGUCGAAGGGAAUCAAGCUCAAAGUUCGUCGAUGUUAAUAAAGAAUCCCCUAUUGUCAAAUUUGAUUGAUUGAACAAUCAUUGGUUGAAUAGCCGGGUAAUAAUAUUUGUUUAGAACCGCUAUUUACCCGAUUACUUGUUUUGAUUUCGACGGGAAAGGGCGCGUAUCUGAGGGCCUCGAUCAGUUAUUUUUCAACAUCCAAACCGUAUUUUCGAUCCUACAGGGAUGGCCUUACAUCUUCUCUGCAAGAAGUGUGAACAUGGAAUUCACGUUGAAGCUUUGAUAUUCCGUCGCCUUUGAAAAGUGUGUUUACGAAAAAUAUUCCGAAAUUCUACCUCUUAAUUGUCUUCAAUAUUAUCGUUGAAUAUUAGAACCGUCAUUCACCCAAUUACUUUGUUUUGACUUUAGUCGGGCAAGGGCGCGUAUCUAGCCCAACUAGACAGCUAUUCUUCAGUCCAAACCUUUGUUUGGAUCUUACAGUUUAUAUGAAAGAGCUACAUUAGCCGGCAUUGAGCAUAAACAUACGUCAUUAUAAUAGCUACUGAAAUAUAUGAUUGUUGGUUUACAUUUGCAUUUUGAAUUAUUCUAAUUCAAACACAGAAUUAUUCAUCGAAUAACAUUAAGGUUGAAUGAAGAAAGCUAACGUUCUAUGUAUGACAUACUUUGCAACGUGAAAUCAUGGUUCACCCAUAAUAAUAAUAAUAAUCUCUAGUGGAUUAUAUUUCAAAUAAACCUCACCUGUACACACAACUUCGCACUGGUUCAGCAGUAGUGCGUAGAAAUUUUGUAAAUAAUUGUCACAAAUAUUGAAGUGAUGAUACUGACACUGAUUUUGAUCCAGUUCGUUUCAAAACAACAGGGUUUGAUAUAUCUCCUCACUAACAAUCAGCAGGAUUGGAAUGGGUUAAACUGCCGUUCAUAAGCAGGUAUGGCCUUACAACUUCGCUGCAAGAAGUGUGAACAUGCAAUUGACGUUGAAGUUUUGAUAUUCCGUCGCGUUUGAACAGUGUGUUUACGAAACAUACUCCGAAUAUCUGCCUCUUAAUUGUCUUCAAUAUUAUCGUUGACAAUGCGGUCAACUUAUUUUAUACACAAAACAACUUGGUAAUGACAACUGUGAUGGAGUACAUGAAUUUUCCGUUCUAACCUGUUGAGAGCCGAGUUCAAAUAUGACAGCUUUGCUCAAUUUCCGCUGAAAGCUGAAAGGAAGUAGUAGUACUCUGUGACAAAAUAGAGGGUUUUUACAAAACUAUGGAAAUGAAGUGAAACGGGCAAAAUUGAGAAACUCAGUUUCUCAUGCUCUGAGUAUGGGGAGUAAUUCGGUCCGUCCCAUAUCCUCAGGAGACAUGAGACUAUUCACUGAAGAAACAACUCAUGAUGAGCUGAAUAUAAUCCGACAAACCCCUCUGAAGUAUGAGUUGACAUUUCACCAUUCUAUCUAUUAAUUAUAACCUCACAUAAUAGAAUAUUAUUCAUUAUUUCGACUCAAUAUCACAACAGUUCUUCCACUUGAAUGAGUUCGAAUACCAUUGCUAUUAAUGUAAAACUUCUCUGAUUAACCAGAGGCUACUAGCCGUCCAAUAAAUCACACAUAAAACCCACUGUACAGCUUCAUCUACCCAUAUCGUCAGGAAGAAAACUAGAGUCAUUUAAACGUCGCCAUUCGUUUCAGUGCUAACUAAUUGGUGAUACUAAGUGAGAUAGUGGUGACUGACUUUAGUUCCACAGUCAUUAUCACUGGUUAUUUGUUGCAUUGAUUGUCAUCAUUUUGUCAUAUCUAUUAUGGUCAACUGGACACUCAGCUUUUACACCUCUAUUUAACUCAAGACUUUAGUGAGUUUCACAGCUAGAAAGUAUGUUUGAAGUGAUCUAGAAGAUAAUAAUGUUCAACAAGAAGACGUUAUUCUCGAUGAACCGUAUCACUUUGACAUGAACACAACAUGCACUACUUUCGUCCUCUCAAAUCUGUUCACAUAAACGACUGUUACUUGACGAUUCAGUCAGGAAUACGUGUUUGAAUAUCACAUAGAAUCAUCACAUUUACUAUUUGUGUUCUUCUAAUCUAAUAUGCGUUUUCACAUAUGAAACAUAUUUCUCAAGGUUAACACAAACGAUGAUGAUGAUAAUAAUAGUGUACACUAUGUGAGAGUGUGAUUUUGAGAAACAUCAGUCUGAUGACCUCAGUUGUUGUAUGUAGAAAUGUUAAUGAUUGUACUAUAUUGUUGUUUACCACAAUAUUUUAACUAAUUAAUUAAACAAUAUGGUUUACUCUUUUGUAUGAUGAGCCUGAUAUAAAUGUUGAUUAUCAUAAGGAAUGUUGCUUAGUAAUGAUCCUUUGUCUCUGUCGACGUAUCCGAAUUCACAUAUUUAGUUGGCGUUAUUGGGUAGAUAUUUUGAUUAGGGUAGGUAGUGUUUGCUGUUUGUAGUCUGUCGGGAGAAAUCCGUGAAUGUGAGUUUCUUGGUGUUUGGUGAAGGUCAAUUCAGUUUAUUUGCGCUUCUGGAGAAUCCAAAACUCCUCGUGUGAUCCAAGAAAUACAUACACUAUCGCCACUCAAAAUGCUACUGUUGGUGGAUGUAGUUUAUAAAGGACUUGAAAUUAAAACCUGAUAUCGAUUUCAUCGCCGGCGAAGUUGCUAAGUGAAUUGUCUCUCAAAAUAACGUGAUUAUCUAUAAUAUACCUAGCGAAAUCACCCUUUGGAUUUGUGUGUGAGUGUGUAAGGAAUUUGGUUUUAAAAAUACAGUUGAACUUCAAGACAGUUCAUACGAAUGUAUUCACCCUAAUGUAAUGCGCCAUAUGUAGAAGUACCCUAUCUUGUUUAAAUUCGAUUCACGUUUAUUUGUUGAAUAGCUGAAGGGAUCCGAACGGUUAUUCAGUACACUUACAAAGUCUAGGAUUGAACGUAUCGUCUCGGAUGAAACCGCUGAUCAAAGAGUCGCGCAAUAGCGUACCUCAAACGAACGUAAUGCUGUUGAGAUUACAACAAAUCCUUCCUCAUCAGCAUGAGGACCCACUUAUGCUGUUAAACUGUCUCAUGUUCGCCAACACUCUGAAUUACCAAUGAAGAAUGCUAAAUUGCCUCAUAUGCAUGUAGUGACCUCAGGCAACCAAUGCAUGUACAAUGGCGACAUUAAUUCGAAAUCUUCCAGUAAAACACUAGAAACUCAUGCCCAACUACCUAGUUCUAACGUGAAAUCUCUUAAAAGCAGUUAAGAUUAAAACGUCUGUACCAUGUUAUAAGAAAGUAUAUACAGAACCUUCUGGUUCCAGUCCUAAUCGCAAGAAUAUUACAAUGUCUUUAGCGUACAAUAAUUUGCACACCGACAUCAUGUUUUACUUUAAUAAUAAUUGAGGUUCCGGUUCUCACGAUGACUCAUUGUUCGUGCGUACACUACUAAGAAUAAGCUCGUGAUAUGCUAUGAGUGGUUGCACAUAAAGUUUGAUUUAGCAAUUCAGGAAACAGAACGUUUUCAUCCCCAUUAUAUGCACGUUUAUCUACAACAAGUUGGUGACUAACGAUGUCAAAACUUUAGAAACGUCAAAGUAUAGCAUUUAGACAAGAUAUCACUGGUUACGUUGGGACAAAACCAAAUUAAAGAAGUCGAGGUGACAAGUAAUACAAGAUCGACUUCCAAAAAUCGGUUAUGAGAAUCAUAGAUGAUAUUUCAGCGAGUAGUUAGUUAGAAAGUUCGUCACUAACAAUUUUUCUAAUAAUCUUAGAGAUGAUUGCAGUAAUGUUUAUGGGCCGAUAAUUGUUCAUGUCAAUCUUAUCUCUAACGUGGUUCAAUAAUAUGCGGUUUCACAACAAUAAGGAUAAGUGGUGCACAUGUGCUCCAAGGUCGUGAGGGAACAAAUUGUGUAUGAGUCAAUCAUCGGUCAACGGCUACCAUGAGACUGCAUCACCUGACGUUUCUCCACUGCCUUGUGCAAGCAAGCAGUAUCACAGCCCACACAGAAAACAAGUAAAUUGUGUGGCACAUAUGUAUUCUGUGCCCAUUUACCAGUUACUAGUCACCCACAUAACUCUUGACUCAGUGCCACUCAGUAAUUAUUACCAUUCGUAUAAAUACCACAGAGGAGGUCUGCUAUAAUUUCGGGGCGUAUAUGAAAGUGCUGUUAUACAGGAUGCAUCGCAAAUAAAAUUGUUGAGUUACUUUAACGCGUUUAUUGAAGAGGAGAAUUACGUUUCGCACUUCUGAGCUGGCAUUAAUUGCUAACAACAACUCAAUAAUGGCUUUUAACCUGUGCUUCUCUCUAAUUUGGUUAAAAACUAUUGUUAUUUGCUCAAUUGUCGCGAGCUGACAAUCAGAUAGAAUGUGUCGAUGGCAUCCUAGAGACCAAAGCAUGAGAAAAAGUUAUCCAAGUCUGAGAAGUUAACCAGUGGGCUGGGGACGUCCCAAGCAGCAUGCUUAUAGUACGUAUAUAGAUGGAGUUUUGUCUGGCUCGGUUAUCAGAGGGAUGGAUAGGGAGGGCACAGAGAACUGCUUUGUGGGUCCUCAUGCUGAUGAGGAAGGAUUUGUUGUAAUCUGAACAAUAUUAUGUUCGUUUGAGGUAUGCUAUUGCGCGACUCUUUGAUCAGCGGUUUCAUCCGAGACGAUACGUUCAAUCCUAGACUUUGUAAGUGUACUGAAUAACCGUUCGGAUCCCUUCAGCUAUUCAACAAAUAAACGUGAAUCGAAUUUAAACAAGAUAGGGUACUUCUACAUAUGGCGCAUUACAUUAGGGUGAAUACAUUCGUAUGAACUGUCUUGAAGUUCAACUGUAUUUUUAAAACCAAAUUCCUUACACACUCACACACAAAUCCAAAGGGUGAUUUCGCUAGGUAUAUUAUAGAUAAUCACGUUAUUUUGAGAGACAAUUCACUUAGCAACUUCGCCGGCGAUGAAAUCGAUAUCAGGUUUUAAUUUCAAGUCCUUUAUAAACUACAUCCACCAACAGUAGCAUUUUGAGUGGCGAUAGUGUAUGUAUUUCUUGGAUCACACGAGGAGUUUUGGAUUCUCCAGAAGCGCAAAUAAACUGAAUUGACCUUCACCAAACACCAAGAAACUCACAUUCACGGAUUUCUCCCGACAGACUACAAACAGCAAACACUACCUACCCUAAUCAAAAUAUCUACCCAAUAACGCCAACUAAAUAUGUGAAUUCGGAUACGUCGACAGAGACAAAGGAUCAUUACUAAGCAACAUUCCUUAUGAUAAUCAACAUUUAUAUCAGGCUCAUCAUACAAAAGAGUAAACCAUAUUGUUUAAUUAAUUAGUUAAAAUAUUGUGGUAAACAACAAUAUAGUACAAUCAUUAACAUUUCUACAUACAACAACUGAGGUCAUCAGACUGAUGUUUCUCAAAAUCACACUCUCACAUAGUGUACACUAUUAUUAUCAUCAUCAUCGUUUGUGUUAACCUUGAGAAAUAUGUUUCAUAUGUGAAAACGCAUAUUAGAUUAGAAGAACACAAAUAGUAAAUGUGAUGAUUCUAUGUGAUAUUCAAACACGUAUUCCUGACUGAAUCGUCAAGUAACAGUCGUUUAUGUGAACAGAUUUGAGAGGACGAAAGUAGUGCAUGUUGUGUUCAUGUCAAAGUGAUACGGUUCAUCGAGAAUAACGUCUUCUUGUUGAACAUUAUUAUCUUCUAGAUCACUUCAAACAUACUUUCUAGCUGUGAAACUCACUAAAGUCUUGAGUUAAAUAGAGGUGUAAAAGCUGAGUGUCCAGUUGACCAUAAUAGAUAUGACAAAAUGAUGACAAUCAAUGCAACAAAUAACCAGUGAUAAUGACUGUGGAACUAAAGUCAGUCACCACUAUCUCACUUAGUAUCACCAAUUAGUUAGCACUGAAACGAAUGGCGACGUUUAAAUGACUCUAGUUUUCUUCCUGACGAUAUGGGUAGAUGAAGCUGUACAGUGGGUUUUAUGUGUGAUUUAUUGGACGGCUAGUAGCCUCUGGUUAAUCAGAGAAGUUUUACAUUAAUAGCAAUGGUAUUCGAACUCAUUCAAGUGGAAGAACUGUUGUGAUAUUGAGUCGAAAUAAUGAAUAAUAUUCUAUUAUGUGAGGUUAUAAUUAAUAGAUAGAAUGGUGAAAUGUCAACUCAUACUUCAGAGGGGUUUGUCGGAUUAUAUUCAGCUCAUCAUGAGUUGUUUCUUCAGUGAAUAGUCUCAUGUCUCCUGAGGAUAUGGGACGGACCGAAUUACUCCCCAUACUCAGAGCAUGAGAAACUGAGUUUCUCAAUUUUGCCCGUUUCACUUCAUUUCCAUAGUUUUGUAAAAACCCUCUAUUUUGUCACAGAGUACUACUACUUCCUUUCAGCUUUCAGCGGAAAUUGAGCAAAGCUGUCAUAUUUGAACUCGGCUCUCAACAGGUUAGAACGGAAAAUUCAUGUACUCCAUCACAGUUGUCAUUACCAAGUUGUUUUGUGUAUAAAAUAAGUUGACCGCAUUGUCAACGAUAAUAUUGAAGACAAUUAAGAGGCAGAUAUUCGGAGUAUGUUUCGUAAACACACUGUUCAAACGCGACGGAAUAUCAAAACUUCAACGUCAAUUGCAUGUUCACACUUCUUGCAGCGAAGUUGUAAGGCCAUACCUGCUUAUGAACGGCAGUUUAACCCAUUCCAAUCCUGCUGAUUGUUAGUGAGGAGAUAUAUCAAACCCUGUUGUUUUGAAACGAACUGGAUCAAAAUCAGUGUCAGUAUCAUCACUUCAAUAUUUGUGACAAUUAUUUACAAAAUUUCUACGCACUACUGCUGAACCAGUGCGAAGUUGUGUGUACAGGUGAGGUUUAUUUGAAAUAUAAUCCACUAGAGAUUAUUAUUAUUAUUAUGGGUGAACCAUGAUUUCACGUUGCAAAGUAUGUCAUACAUAGAACGUUAGCUUUCUUCAUUCAACCUUAAUGUUAUUCGAUGAAUAAUUCUGUGUUUGAAUUAGAAUAAUUCAAAAUGCAAAUGUAAACCAACAAUCAUAUAUUUCAGUGGCUAUUAUAAUGACGUAUGUUUAUGCUCAAUGCCGGCUAAUGUAGCUCUUUCAUAUAAACUGUAAGAUCCAAACAAAGGUUUGGACUGAAGAAUAGCUGUCUAGUUGGGCUAGAUACGCGCCCUUGCCCGACUAAAGUCAAAACAAAGUAAUUGGGUGAAUGACGGUUCUAAUAUUCAUCAUAAAUUUGAAUGCACAUCGUUACCUAAACAAAUAUGACCACACAGCUAUCCAACCAUUAAUUUUUCAAUUAAUCAGAUCUAGAUUAUAAUAAAUAAGGAAGUUGCUAAAGCAUGCGAGAAAAUUGCCAAUCACAACAAAUCAGUGUUAUUCUAUCCUGUCUGGCUAGAUCACGCACAGAUUCAUUCAAAAGAUAAUAUUUGGUUGCUUUAUAACACAGAGUGUUUCCAAUUCUGAAAGAGUGCCUCAAUUCACAGUCAAAGAAAGGCACAGUUCCAGUCAAUACAAACAACGCGAUCAAGAGGAGGGACAAACCAAUAUAUCUGCCGCCAAGACUAAUUAUCAAGUCAAACAUCAUAAAUGCAGUCCAGGAAGAAACUCGAAAAGUUAGUGAAGGCGUAAGAAAAAUAGAAACUCCAAUGAAAUACGAAUAUUAACAAGUCAAAUGUAAUCAAAACGUCUAACAAAAUGUACAACUAAAGGAAUCAAUAGGAACAAACUCCAAGUGUAUACAUGGAGGGAUUUUCACACACACAAAAUCUUCAAAAUUGAUCUAACAUAAAGCAUUCCAAAUGAAGUGGCAACCACAGACUUUAACAAAAAUAUGUUUAUAUUAGCUGAAACUGUACAGAAUAAAUGAUCGUUGUGUCAUUCUCUUCAGUUUCCACAGUUGUGUUAUCCAGCUUAUUCAUCCGAAAUCCGGUCAGAUGUACAGCGAUACCUAUCGCUGAGAAAAGAAUAACAUGUGAAUUGUAAUAGGUCCACGUAUCGAAUGAAAUUGUAAGGUUAAUGAUCAGAAAUAAAUAUGGAUUGGAUAAAUUUGAAGGACAGUAAUGUAAAACAUGUCAGAAAACUAUGAAUGACGUACAAAUUGGUGAAUGAGGUGGAGUAAAUGCUGGAUAAAUUUCCUAAUACGUUUCAUCUUUAUGAACAUGUCUGAAUGAGUAUGAGCUAUGAAAAUACAAAGAGCAUGUGGUUAAGUUCUUUUAGACCAUAACCCUAGCUUCGAUUCAGUGCAUUCCUCAAGUCCUUCACUAAAUGUAGUUUUAUGGCUUUCUGAUAACGGCACCACAGAUUCACCUCUUCUAUUUCCGGUGUACAGACGUUAUUAAAGAUUGAAUUUCAUCAAUGAUGAAUUUCAAGAUCCGCACUUUCUGACAUCCACCUAACCAGAUAUCUCGAGUAAAACAACUAGGGUGUGAGUAGAUACUUGGAGAUGUAUUUCGCUUAUGGGUACCCAUUUACUCAUCCAGAUAUGGACACAUGGUUGACUUAUUUAAACAGACGAUAUACAUACUCAUUUACAUACUCAAUCACCCACACACAGCAACAGAAUCACACUUGCACUCCUCAGUCAAUAAUGAAAUAAGUUUCAUGCAUAUUUUGAUAGACUAAAUAUCCACAUGUUGAGUAGUGAGAACUUUUCCUCCUCUGUUAGUUUAUAAAACCAAUUUCAACAUGAAAAAACAGGCUGAUGAAAGACGUUUAUUUUCUUGAACAAUUUGAUCUACUUCUACUUCACUCAACUGUUCUUAUUAACCUUAAUGAAUAUUCAAUGAAAACAUACAUUUGACCGACAGUAAAACGUAUAUACAUUCAGAACAAUGGGCUACGGUGAGUUCAGCUGUCAAAGUCUCCUGGUUUGUGCCGUGAAAACAAGAGUUGCGUGAAAAUCACGUGAUAAUGAAUGAAUGACAGAACACGUGAUUGACAGUAUUCUAUAGGUACGCAAUUGCUGGAGAAUGAUGACACAUGAAUAUAUCUGUCCUGCCAUAGUUCAUUUGUCGUUUGAAUAUCGUAACAGUUACUCUUCAUCGUUCAAAAAUGAGUGAUAUGAGUUUGGAUGACACGAGCAGCAUUGGUUUUUCCGGAAGUAAGAGUAAAUCUCACUGAUGAAUACCAACUCUCUUCAAUAACCCCUGCCGAAAGACUACAAUCAUCGAAAACGAAUCAAAUUAUCUCCUCGUAAACAUCAACUGCAUAUACAAUUUUGAAAUAGCGGAUGCUGACAUAGGCGGCAGGCUAUAUAAAUCUUCAUCUACGAUUGUUUACUUAUGUAGAAACUCAUUUUGAUUCUGUUGCAAAAUUAAGAAGAAUUUCAUUACCAAAUAUACUUCAAGACGUAUUCUAUGUUCUGCGAAAUUCGAUCACUAACAUCUCACGAUGAUAUCCGACUUCAAUCAAUACUUAACACAAACGUACAUUUGGUCAACAGUCAUAUUCGUCUAUACAGAAUAUCGGGUAUAAAUCAAUUUAUCUGUCACACUGAAUGAUAUAAAACGAUACACAGAACGUCAUGAGGAUUAUGUGAUCAAUCAUCUUGAUGACAGUUUCAUAGAAAGUGUUCAUGGGACGUAUUACCUAGUCGAGUCUUAAAUCAUCGGAAUUAUUACUGAUAGUUUCAUAGAUUUAUGAACUGCGGACGUACAAAAUGGACAAUUCUAUAAGAACGCCUUCACUAAACUCAUUUGAAAUCAGAUGAUAAAUGGAAUCAGUGUUUAUUCAUAUCUAAAGCAAUACUUCCUGUAACAUGAACGACAACAUACUCGUUUUCUCUCCAGUUUCUCUUUAGAAAAAUAGUACUCAUCUGCAAAAUGGAAAUUUCAUUCAACUUUGUUUCGUGGGCGUAAAUGACGGUUUGUCAUAUAAAAGCAUCAUUAACACAACAUUCUAUCUUCUCAAUCGAUGUCAUUUUUUCUAAUUAUCAUCUGCCUUGCCGAGUUCUUCAAAUGCCAGGAUAUUUGUGAUCAACCUGAAUGGACGACCUCGGGAAAAGUACUUUUUAAAAAUAGUUCAUAUCACUAUUCUCAGCAUUACAUGUAUUUGCAGAGCAUCAGUAUUAAUCAGCCUCAGCCAGCUGUGAGUACAAGUUUGGAUAAAUACACUGAUCCUUUCGUAAGUCGAAUACAUUUUGUGAUGAACGUACUUGUCUCUAUGUUUACGAUUUUUUAGACAGUAAGCCCGAAACUGUCGUUUAAAUAUUACAGUAGUCAGGUCGAACAUCUCACUAUUACUCCUGAAGGCAUAGGUAUACACGGAGACGAAUACCUCGGAUAUAUUGAUACUUUUAUACCAACUAGUAUACGUCCUCUAUUUGCGAUCUUGGAUAAGAAGGAAUUAUUUGCUGUCAGAUGGUUUAUGAACAAAGAAAUUGAUGGUAGACAAUUUACAGCCGAGGUAACUUGCCUAAUACAUCCAAAUGGGAAGAUAGUUUUCUAUUAUGAUAAAGUUUCAACGGAAAUUAAAGGAAUUGAAUGGAAACCGAAAAUCGUCGGUAAAUUUGGAUGUGGAAGAAAUACAGUACGAUCUGAAAUAAUUACUCCUGAAACAUGGAUCGAAAGUGGCACGAUGGUGGAAUAUGAAUUCAUUGGAGACUAUUGUCCAAAAUACACUUCACCUAAAGCAUGCCAACAGGCAACAACAUCGGAUAUAUCUUGUUUUUGGUGUGAUAAUGCAAGCAUAUGCAUUGAUAGUACUGACCGGGAUGCUCAUCACAUGAAAGUUAAUAAAUGCCGUGUUAAGAACACGACUAGUGAAUAGAAUGUAGAGAAGAAAUCACUCCCGUACUUGUAUAUUGUGAUUCCUUUAGUCAUCACUUUCUUUGUUGUAUGUGUUGGUUUAAUAAUUCGGAGAUGGCUACAUCAAAGAAAGUGAAGUAACAGAUGAUUCUCACAAAUAUCUUAUAACUUUGUUUGAUUAUUCCAAAUUGUUUCCAUGUAGUACUUCUUUAGAACACUUUUCAUAUCAUUAUUCAUUUCAAUAGUUUGGACAAUUUCUUUAUGGAAUUAUGUACAUUCUUAUGAUUGUUUACUUAACAACUUAUGUAAUUUUGUUGACAAAAUAUAGAAACUGGAUUUUUACUGUUUGCGUUAUUGUCUUCAUCGAAUAGAAACUGUGUAGCGGUAAAUAAAUCCCCGAAAUAAAUAGCUCAACAAGCCCUACAAUCGCUAGCCAGAUUAGAUGAGACGAUCUUCGAUAUAUAAAUAGCCUAUCAAACAUAUCUUCGAACUUCGUCGCUUCUGACUUUUGAUUUCACUUGGUGGAUACGAUUCAUAAUAGAAGGUGUUACUGGUUAAGGCGUUGUCAAACUACAACUACUUGUGGCAUCUACAACUGACUUGUUUCGCGGAAGUUUGACAACAUUUAAUAAUUGCAAUGAACAAUGAGUCCGUUGUGAAUGUUUAUUUCCAAUGAAAUCUCACUACUGAACAAUAUCAUUCGGAAUUAACUACAGCCAUUGUUUUAUACUGAGCGACCAUGAUAGCUUAUGAAUACAAAUAUAGGCACUUUUAUUUUUUGCUAUUUGAUGACUUAACGUUCAGUAAAAGUUAGGCGACAAACUAUUGUUAAAUCGAUGUUCUCAACACUGAUUAUGGUUCCUUCCAUGAUUUUGUUGUUGUCACGGACGGUAUAUGG